AUGAGAGUUUUCAGUGGCGACCCCAAAAGGGGGCAGCCAUGGCCACAACUUCUGGUGGCAUUGGCUAUGCUGCUUGUAGCAGGGAAUGCAGGAUCAGUUUCUGCUUAUUAUUAUAAAUCUCCACCCCCACCACCACCCUACUAUUACAAAUCUCCACCUCCUCCUCCACCAGAAUACUACUACAAAUCCCCACCAUCACCGCCGCCUUAUCACUACAAAUCUCCACCUCCUCCUCCACCAAAAUAUUACUACAAAUCCCCACCACCACCACCACCAGCUUAUUACUACAAGUCUCCACCUCCUCCUCCCCCGACCUACUAUUACAAAUCCCCGCCACCACCACCACCUUAUUACUACAAAUCUCCACCUCCUCCCCCACCAAAAUACUACUACAAAUCCCCGCCACCACCGUCACCUUAUUACUACAAAUCUCCGCCUCCUCCCCCACCAAAAUACUACUACAAAUCCCCACCUCCACCACCACCUUAUUACUAUAAAUCACCUCCACCUCCACCACCAUCUUAUUACAACAAAUCUCCACCACCACCAGUAAAAUAUCCUCCACCAACCUACUAUUACAAGUCUCCACCACCACCUUCACAUCCAUCUCCAUUACCUUACUACUACAAAUCCCCACCACCACCUUACCAUCCUACGCCAUACCACUACACUUCACCACCACCACCAAAGCCUCACCCUUACCCCCAUCACCCACUCGUUGUCAAGGUUGUUGGAACCGUUUACUGCUACAAAUGCUAUGAUUGGAAAUACCCCAAGAAAUCUCACAACAAGAAGCACCUCAAAGGGUCAAUUGUGCAAGUAACGUGCAAAGAUGGUGACAAGAGCAUAGUCGCAUAUGGGGAAACCAAUAGCAAUGGCAAAUACAUUAUUACAGUCAAGGGUUAUGACUACAAGAAAAAUGGAGCCAAAGAAUGCAAGGCCAAAUUGUACUCAGCCCCCAAAUAUUCAACUUGUAGCAUUCCAACUAACCUCCACAAUGGAAAGGAGGGAGCAUCGCUCAAGGUGAAAUCCAAGACUCAUUACGAGGUUGUUCUCAAGGCCAAGCCAUUCGCUUAUGCACCCAAGACCCCUUCUAAGAAGUGUGAGAAGCCCAAGCAUCCUCCUCAUCACUACCACAAGUCUCCCCCAUCACCAACACCAACUUACUACUACAAAUCACCUCCUCCUCCUCCUCCAGUUUAUCACUACAAAUCACCACCACCCACUUACUACUACAAGUCGCCACCACCACCACCCCCGACUUAUGAAUAUAAGUCCCCACCACCACCACUACCACCUACCUACUACUACAAGUCACCUCCUCCACCAUCACCAACUUAUCAUUACACUUCUCCCCCUCCUCCAGUAUACCACUACAAGUCACCACCUCCUCCUCCACCAGUUUAUAAAUACAAGUCACCACCACCGCCACCACCUACCUAUCACUACAAGUCACCACCCCCACCAACUUACCACUACAGUUCUCCCCCUCCUCCAGUUUAUCAUUACAAAUCACCACCUCCUCCUCUACCCACCUAUAAAUAUAAGUCUCCUCCACCACCACCUACCUACCACUAUAGCUCACCCCCUCCUCCAGUUUACCAGUACAAGUCACCACCUCCUCCUCCACCCUCUUAUGAAUACAAGUCUCCUCCACCACCGCAACCAACCUACCACUACAAGUCACCACCACCACCACCACCACCACCACCAACUUAUCACUACAGUUCACCCCCUCCUCCAGUUUACCAGUAUAAGUCACCACCUCCUCCUCCACCUUCCUAUGAAUACAAGUCUCCUCCACCACCGCCACCAACCUACCACUACAAGUCACCACCACCUCCACCACCAACUUAUCACUACAGUUCACCCCCUCCUCCAGUUUACCAGUACAAAUCACCACCUCCUCCUCCACCCGUUUACAAGUACAAGUCUCCACCCCCACCUCCGCCAACCUACCACUACAGUUCUCCCCCUCCUCCCCCACCCACUUACAAGUACAAGUCUCCACCACCACCACCACCUACCUACCUCUACAAGUCACCGCCUCCACCUCCACCAACAUACCACUAUAGUUCUCCCCCUCCUCCAGUUUACCAAUACAAGUCACCUCCUCACCCCCCACCCACUUAUGAAUACAAAUCUCCACCACCACCACCACCACCUACCUACUACUACCAUUCACCUCCUCCACUAGUGAAAUCUCCUCCACCAUCUGUAUACACAUACUCAUCUCCACCUCCUCCAGUUCACUAUUAAGCCUAAAAGGUUUCCCUCUUCAAUCAUGUUUUAGUUUGGAAACUGGCUUCUUUGCUUCUUACACUUCUUUGGGAGCCAUCUUACAUGUUUUGUUGUUAGCAUAUUCAAGUAGAAGUGGCUUUAAAAGUGGAGCUAGGUUAUGUGGGCGUUGGAACAAAGAGGAAGCUAAGAUUUGGAAGUGGUUUCUGGAGCUACCUGGUUUUGUUUUCUCAAGUUUAGUGCAUGUUUUUGUAUUGUAGUAUGAAUUCAUUAUGGGGAAUAAGCUCUUACAUUAUAGGGCAUUUAUCUCUCGGAGCUUAUUAUUCAUUUUGAAAUUAAAAUGUUGCUAAUAAAAGAAAGCAUUUAAUUUUCUGCA